GUUAUCUCUGCUAAAGACCAAAUUGCUGAAUAUUAUAGUCGGUGAAAGUAGAAAUUGCUUUGUUUGACUGCACCACUACAGGGUCGUGCUUAUGGACAUCAAGGUUAACAUCGAUGGAGUACUCAGAGAAGUUUGUGGGAUUAAUGAAGGAACAACAUGUGAAGAAGUGAUUUUCAAGCUUGCACAGAUUGCUAGUUUGCCUGGAUUCUAUACUCUGGUUGCCAGCUGCAGAGAUAAAGAAAUUACACUAUCUCCAGAGGAAAAAAUUAUAAAUUUCAUUAAAGAAACUAAAGAAAAUCCAUCUAACAUAUGUUUUAUUCUUCGUCGAUUGGAGGCUGUAUCUCCUUUCUCUCCGAAAAUCCCCAAAGCAUAUCCUCCUGUUCCCAAUCAUCAGCCGACAAAUCGUCCCCAUCAACAGCCCUCUCGUAGUUCAUCACGACGUUCUAAUGUUCCAGUGACAUCUGAAAAUAAAGAAUUAUAUUCCUCUACUUCAUCAUCCUUACCAAUUCCAGUUCAGCAAUAUGCUAGCUCUGCAAAGCAAUCAAGAAUUUAUCGUUGUGAUCCUAGUCGUGAAGUAAUUCAUUCUACCUUAGUAACCAGUGCUACUGGUGAGGAAAAAUCAUAUCACGAUGUCGAUCAAUAUAAUCAACUUAAAGAUCAAUUGGCAUAUCAAGAACAACAAGUUGAACUCAAUCGAAUACGGUUGCUUCGAUUAGACAAGGAAAUCAAUCACUUAGAACAGUCAGCCCGAUUUGGUGGUAAUAACAACAAUAGUAAUAAUAAUAAAGAUGGCUAUUCUACAUUGGAUUUAUUAAGUGGAUCAGCUGUUGGUCCUGUGGCAGAAUUAGCUCAACUAGCAGCUACACCAUGGUCACAAUUAUUAGAUACAAAUCGUGCCAGACAACGUGAAUUAUUAUCAGAAUGUGAACGGCAUAAAAUUGCUAUCGACCAAGUGGAUACUCAUUUAGCUAAAACAAAGUAUGUGAUUAUUCAAUACUAUUAUUAUUAUCCCGUAAGUUUUUUUAUCGCUACUCGUCAUCAUUGGACUCAUUUUAUCGGUGCCAAAGAUAAUCAGUGUAUUCACAAAAACAAGCUAGGAAAAUGAGCCUAAAACCAACUACCUAGCUUAGGGGUCGGGAUGGUGGUUAACAGUGAUAUUAUUUGAUCCUACUCUUUACGGUACCGAUGAUCCAAUAAAUGUCGUGUCUUGUUGUAAACUGAUUGAAAUUCUUUUUGAACAUAAGUUUACAUCUUAUUUUUAGUUCUUCAAUUUGAAAAUCGUAUUCGUUUUGUGUUAGAGGAUAAAACCGAUAUAUUGAAAGGCACAAACAAUCUAGGGAUGAUCUGGUAUAAUUAGUUAUAAUCAACAAGCAACCAACGGAGCAAAUGUCCAUUAGCUCAAAUUGCCCACUACAUUAACUAAAUGAAAAUGGCCCGAAAUAUUAGUAGUGCCGGUGAUAAUGAUACUAGGCAUGAAGAAUAUAGUUCGAAAGAAAUGAAAUCAAGGAAUAUAAAGUGUCAGACAAAACAUUGAAGAUAGGAGAAUAAAAUGUGCCUGCUCCUUUGUGAUCGGGUUUGAGCCAUGUCAUCUAAAGUUUCUUCCGACCAUUGAUCACAAGGUAGUUUACACUUACUAACAUGAUUUGGACGAACAUUCACUGACUUCUUGGACUGGUAUUGUCUUUGUCUGUUCCCGUCCCGCAGCUUUCGUCUAAUCUACUUAAACACAUCGAAUUUGACAGAUGAUGAUUCAGCAUACGAAACAUUUGUCUCAGGCACCUCAGUCCAAAUAAGCUACACUUCACACAUCAGAACGAAAGUAAAUUAAAGAUAUGGAACCAAGAAAUAGAAUAAUCUUUUUUGCAUUGGUUGUUUGGAUCUUCCCAUUGAUGUUUAGGACGAGACGCACAUCCUGAAUUCCACUGCUAGCCACCAUCAACUCCGCUUAUCAUUAUUAUAAGCGAAUGAAAAUGAAAUAUAUGAAUUACGACAGUGAAUUGAAUAACCCUAUAUAGACCAAAGCGAAAAGAAGUGGGAGCGAUCAAUUUCCAGUGCCUCUUUACUUACAUUCGCAAGUGAAAGUUAGUUGUCGACAGUUUGGUAAACUUAUCAAAACAAUUGGAUUAAAUUCUUAGAGUAUGUAUUGUCUCCAAUUCUGAGGGAAUGAACUACCACCUAUUUUUUGUUUUCAACAGUAUCUCAGAAAAGAACUUUAUGUAAACGUAUUUUACUAAGGAUAUUAGGAAAACUGAUAGGUAGUGACAUAACCGCUUAUGGAUAAACUUAAUAAAAUAUAACAAACAUCUCAUCAACAUCUGAAAAUACAUUGCAGAUACAUUAGUGAGACGAUUAAACGCAUCCUAAUUACAUGAAUUAGUCCAUUUUAGGCCUAUUUAAUUACGUUGAUGCUUAAUAUGUAAUUAGGUCUAUGUGUCUCCCAAUAUUUAUCAUUCUUCAGCAUCGAACAGAAUUUUACCAUAAAUUGUUUUAAGCAAACAUAAAAAAACUGCAAUUUGUCACUUCAUGAGCCUCUUGAUUUAAAAAACAAGUCACUAUAAUGCAAGCCAAUAGUCGAGCAUGAAAUACACGGUAACCUUUGCAUGACUACUUCGCAAACUACCUUAAACGUUGCAUUACUUAAAAACAAAUUACACUUAUAAAUUACUAGAUAUGCCCAUGGAUAUCUAGUUACCUAGAUUCUGCUUUAGUUCUAAACCUAAUCAACGUAAAGUGUAGCUUAUGAAUGUAAGACGAAGAUCAAGAAUAAAUAAUAACAAUAAGUAUUAUUCAGUUUCGGAAAUCUAAAGUUGCAUCAUCAUCAUCAACCUAACUGAAUCUUGGAUGAUCAUAUAAUCUACAUCAAUGGCACAUACUACUUCAUUUUCUUUAAAUAAAAACACCUUACGUCGAAAAUCUAGUGGUCCCACAAGCAAAGGUAAUUGAAUAUCCUUGACCCUACUUGUAGCUGCGGCCGUACUCGUAUAAAUAACUUUGUUUAAAUCAACACAUAUAAUCAAAUCUACUGACAUAGUAUUACUUAGCGAUUUCUUAGCAAAGUUUUUUUCUACAGGAAGGUGUUGCUCACCCUAUGCCCAACUCCCCCCCCCUUUAUCCGGGCUUGGGAUCGGCUGUAACUCUAGAGGUGUCCCAGACAGAGCUCCUAACACAGUAUACAUUAAUCGGAUAUCUGUAGUGUUUUAUAGUAUUCAAACUAAGAAUUCCACUAGUAACUAAACCUGCUUGUCAAGACAGAAAUUAAAAUCAAUCCACAAGGUUACAAAAAUUACCUUGUUCAACUUAAAAUUGUACUUCUUAAUUUCACUUUAUUCUACCACAUCUGCUACGUAAUAGGAACAUAUAACUAGAUUUUUCCUCCAUUUUCAUUUUUACAACGAAAACAGAAUGAAUUUAUCUCAACUGGAAAAUCAAAUUAGUCAAGAGUUAAAUCGAUUGCUCAAUGAAUUGGAAGGAUAUAAUCAACAUAGAAGGUUACUACUGAAAUCAGCCGGAAGUAGUAGCUCACAACCUCGUCAUAGAACAACUAUCAAUAAUCCAUCAGAGGUGGCAAGUGAUGGUGUUGCUGUAUAAAAUAAAUGAAUUAUACUACCGUCAUGUUAUGUGCGAACAUUUGAACAUAAACACAAUAAAUAUUAUCUCAUGUAAAUUAUCUAGUUUCAUGAAGGUACAAUCUUUUUUCUUAUUUUCAUGAUAAUCUUUUUUCUCAAUAUACAAUAUCCUAUACAUAAAUCCAGUCGUAAUACUGUAUUUGUUUACCGAUCGAUUGAUGACUGUCUAGAAAAAAAGCUUGGGACUAUGUGAUUAAGAAGAUAUAAUGUCUCUAGUGAGCGAUAGUCUAACAAUCAAUGGAUGAAGUUGACCAUAAAAAUCUACAGAAAGGACUAUCGAAUGUACUUCACAUUCAACGGACGGAAGGUUUUACUGUUCUCCGUAUAUUUCCGUCUGAUGACGUAAACAACCCAUCCAGACGUUGUAGUGAACAAGUCAGGUACAACGUAGAACCUGGUACCAGUAGUAAAACAAAAAAUUAGGCAUCGAAGAUACGAUCCGAAAAAACAUAAAUUUCUGAAAGAAAAUUAUGAGGAAUUUAAAAGCUUAGAGUUUCGAGAAAAAUAAAGGAUACAUGGGACCCACGUCAUUGCAAAUGAUGUUGAUCCGCAUAAUUCAAAGCUUUUAACCACCGGUCGCAGUAACCACACGAACCCCAAACAGGUAGUUGUUAGUGGGACAUAGAUUGGAUUUAAGCAUGCUCAAUGCACGAUUGCUUUGGCGCACGCUGAUUGGCUGAUUCUUAUCCAAUCAGCGCUAGUCGAUACAUGGAGAAGACUCUAGAUUCUUCUUAUGUAAAAACUGUAAAUAUACUAACGGUUUUUCUUUUGUGCCCCUUUCUUCCAUCUAACCUUGUAAUUUGGAAUACAAUCUCUUUCCUGUUC